CCGCCGGUGGAUGGGAGUGAAGGACGGAAGAGGCCCUGCGGAGGCGGCGGUGCAGCGCUCCGGUGGAAUGAACCUUACUUGUUGAAUAUCUCCUGGUUACUCGUUGGAUUCACUUGUGGAAGAAUCAUUUUCCCCUGCGUGGAAGCCACUUAGUGGCAUAUUUAAUUAUAAAUCCAGGGAUUGCAAAGUUUUUUGAUUUCCCAAAGGAGGGACAUACCACUAUAUCAAAUAAGCUUGACAUUACAGCCAAAAUGGUGCUGUCCCAGAGACAACGAGAUGAACUAAAUCGAGCUAUAGCAGAUUAUCUUCGUUCAAAUGGCUAUGAAGAAGCAUAUUCAGUUUUUAAAAAGGAAGCUGAAUUAGAUAUGAAUGAAGAAUUAGAUAAGAAAUAUGCUGGUCUUUUGGAAAAAAAAUGGACAUCUGUUAUUAGAUUACAAAAGAAGGUUAUGGAAUUAGAAUCAAAGCUAAAUGAAGCAAAAGAAGAAUUUACGUCGGGUGGACCUCUUGGUCAAAAAAGAGACCCAAAAGAAUGGAUUCCCCGUCCACCAGAAAAAUAUGCAUUGAGUGGUCAUAGGAGUCCAGUCACUCGAGUCAUUUUCCAUCCUGUGUUCAGUGUUAUGGUCUCUGCUUCAGAGGAUGCUACAAUUAAGGUGUGGGAUUAUGAGACUGGAGAUUUUGAACGAACUCUUAAGGGGCAUACAGACUCUGUACAGGAUAUUUCAUUCGACCAUAGUGGCAAGCUUCUGGCUUCAUGUUCUGCGGAUAUGACCAUUAAACUAUGGGAUUUUCAGGGCUUCGAAUGCAUCAGAACCAUGCAUGGCCAUGACCACAAUGUUUCUUCAGUAGCCAUCAUGCCCAAUGGAGAUCAUAUAGUAUCUGCCUCAAGGAAUAAAACUAUAAAAAUGUGGGAAGUGCAAACUGGCUACUGUGUGAAGACAUUCACAGGACACAGAGAAUGGGUACGUAUGGUGCGGCCAAAUCAAGACGGCACUCUGAUAGCCAGUUGUUCCAACGACCAGACUGUGCGCGUGUGGGUCGUAGCAACAAAGGAAUGCAAGGCUGAGCUUCGAGAACAUGAGCAUGUGGUAGAAUGCAUUUCCUGGGCUCCAGAAAGCUCCUAUUCUUGCAUCUCUGAAGCGACAGGAUCUGAGACUAAAAAAAGUGGCAAGCCUGGACCAUUCUUACUGUCUGGAUCCAGAGACAAGACUAUCAAGAUGUGGGACGUCAGUACUGGCAUGUGCCUUAUGACCCUUGUGGGUCAUGAUAACUGGGUACGUGGAGUUCUGUUCCAUUCUGGGGAGUUUAUCUUGAGUUGCGCUGAUGACAAGACCCUGCGUGUGUGGGAUUACAAGAACAAGCGAUGCAUGAAGACCCUCAAUGCGCAUGAACACUUUGUUACCUCCUUGGAUUUCCAUAAGACGGCACCAUAUGUGGUUACUGGCAGUGUAGAUCAAACAGUAAAGGUGUGGGAGUGCCGUUGAUUGAGUUUCAUUUGGCCCCUCCUCCCUUGUUUCCUCUGGAUGCACUCUGAUGAUACCAUGGUUACCCUAUUGAGCUCUGUUUAAAUAAAUAUUGUCCUUUCAUGUAAAUUA